AUGGCAGCAGUCACGUUCCCCUCAGAAGACCCCAGAGAGCCGAGCACCCACCCCGGGGGCCUUGAGAUGAACCUGGAGACCAGCUCAGGCGGAAGGCCGGCGCGCCAGCAGAAGGCCAUCCCCAGAGCUCACCUGAUCUUCGUCAUCGACUGUGCGCGAGGGAAGCAGAUCUCCCUGGCAGCACCCCCGGGGCCACCCCGCACCCCCAGUCCCAAACCGGGACCUGCCGUCCCUCCGAUGAAGACCUACAUCUUGUUAUGCGGAGAAAAGCAGUCCCCCAACCUGACUCGGGAGGCUCUGCUAGGUGGGGGGGACCUUGCGCAGGCCGGGGGGCCCUGCCCAGGUGCCCCCUGCAGAGGGAUUGCGGCCCAAGCUUCCCCCCCAGCCAGCCCAGGAGGCCUUGCAGAGGCUCCUGAAGCCAAGGGGAGCCCCGUGAAGGCCGUGUCUUCGCGGUCCUCCGCGUGGGGAACGGUCAUCGGCUCCCUCAAGGCCCUCUCCUCCUGUGUCUGCGCACAGGCGGAUUGA